AUGGCGUCCCUUUUGCAUAGUUCUGCGGCUCAUACUAGUAGAACAAAGCAAAGAAACUCCUUUCUUUCACAAGGUUUACCUCACAUUCGGAUAUCUGGAUGCAACAAGACCGUUUCUGAGGCAAGGGCAAAUCUAGAAGAUAAGAUUUCUCGAUCAACUUCAUCGUCUAAAUUGAGUUCUUACGCGUCUCUUUUAUGUUUACUCGACGAGCUCACAGUGAAGAACUGUUUGCCAUUUCAUCUUGCGUUUGAUGAAUACGCUGCGAAGCUAGAAAGUAAAGCAAGUGUCUCCAAAAGAAACGCAAAAGUGCAGUUCAGAGAUCUUCUUCAAACUAAUGGAUUACCUGUCAUCAUAAUAUAUGCCAGAAAUGAUUUGUAUGUUCUCCUACUUGAGAAACCAAUUGACAAUAUCUCACUGUGUAAAGGCAUAGAUAUCUUGGGAGAGAAAAACCUAACCGAUACUUCAGUUGGCAUACAAAGACACACACUUUUGUUUCUAAGCUCUCUUUUUCCAAUGCUGAAGAAGCUUCUUUCCUCUGCGAUAGAUUUUGCAGUAGUCUACUUCAUUUUAAGCAUGUUGCUAACUGGAACCGUUAUGAAAAUGUUCUUGGGUAUAAACGAGAGCUUUGCUAGCAAUAUAAAUACAGAAACGCUCAAAUUUGUACAAGAAGUGGAACAGAGAGAAAAUGAAGCUUGCCAAGAAGCAGAGAAAAGUCUGGAGGACUUGAUUUCCAAAAUUUCAAAGGAGAUAGAAAAAGAUUCUGAAAAGCUAGCUCUGAAGAGGAAGAGAUGUGACGCAGAAGAAAUAAAUGAUACAGAGUUUGAUAUUGCCAACAAACGCAAACGCCUUGAGCAAUUGAAGUCGACAAAUGCAAGCAAGCAUAAGAAGAGAAGCAAAAGGAGAAUAUUCAACACAUGGAAAUCAGGAUUAAGACGACAAACUGGUAAGAAUAAACAUCGAACAAAGAUAGACAGAGGUGCAGAAAAGGCUGUUUACAAUGUCUUGUAUGAGCAGCUGAAGGCCCACGAAAGACGGUGGGGAGACGAAGGAACUGGAUAUCUAGAAGACAGCAGAAUACAGGGAAGGGAGCUUCGACGAAUAGCUAACGAUUAUCUGAAAGCGAAAGGCCUCCCACUAGUUAAAAGCAUGGAGACGGUGCGAUCAUGGGGAAAACCCAGAAACAAGAGGUCGAGACAAGCAUCCCUGCACAGAGGCAAGGGUCUGUGGAAGGCCAAACGAUCUGAAAAAAGGGUUCAAAUGUUCGUGUGAAUGUGCACUACAAUCGAGCACAUUUGAAAAACUACACCAGACUGAUUUUUAAAGAUGGGUCUCCAUACCGUAAAUUUGCUGUACGCAGGGCAAUAGAUGACAAGGCAUAUUUGCGUUGUGGUACAUCAGAAGGUUUUAGCAGGCCUAUUCAUACACCAAUUCAGAUUUCAGCCGAAAAUCUUCAGUUUAAAUUACCAGGAUCUGAUUACCCACAAGAUUGCGGUUAUGUUUCACCUGGGGUCAUUCUGCUGGUAAACGAUAUGAAGGAAGUUGGGUAUAAAAACACUGACAAAUUUGUCCGGGAAAAUGUAACUGUGACCGUUACGUGUAAGCCAAAGAAAGUGUACCCAAGCUCGGCAACGAAUUGGUUUAAUGACCUCUAUAGCAUACGCUAUAUCUCUUCCCGGAAGAACAUGAAAUAAGAAAUGACACCGAGACCACUACCUUAACUCGUGUAACAGAUCCUGUUGGAAAGUCUGCAUGUACCAGCGAUUCUUUAAUUGAUCUAUCUGGCAACAAAUUUGAUACUCAGUUGCAGGAUGAACAUCAAGAUUUCCAACCACUCAGCAGGGGUAUUUUAACAUGGCUUUUGGUGGUUAGAGACUCGUUAUUUCAAUUUGAGAUGAUGAAUGUUGAAGACGAUUACAUGCGCUGUGUUGAAGGAGUGGACUACCUUGAACGUGAGUUACUCCGCAUAAAUGUUCUCCUCGUGUGGCGUUCAUAUGUGCAUACUGUAUUGAUGUAAAACUUAUAUUAUAGUAAUAGGAUUAAGCGGCAACCUCGUACCCAGGCUCUUUCCUCUACGCUCCUAGCUGGAGAAAAUACCCUGGCUGGGGCUGGUCACGUGUACCCUAAAUUCUGGGAGGCAAAAAGUAUAAUUGCUGUGGGAGGGGUAGUAGAGGAGUCUGUUUGUCGUGUUUGGAAUUUGCAACUUUAUGCUUUAUAGUUUCUGGUGAUAAACAUGCACUUCACAACAAGAAAUCGUGAAAGGAACUGUUCUAAAUUCGUAUUCAUCAUGACACGACUUCCUGCUGUACUGAAUGUCAUCAAUAAUAAGUGUUGCAGUACAUUUCAAGCGAGAAAUUGGAUCAUAUUUCACUUGCAAGGAAAGGACUAUACACGCGCCUGGCUUGCGAAGUUGAGCACGCAUCGCCGUAGAAACAUAAAUGUCUUCUACACCGACUGGUCGAUCAAACGAACGAUAUGGUUGUUUAUAUUUGAAGUGUAUCCUGUUCGAUAUUCAAAACAACCUUUGAUUUCCCAAACAUCGCCAACUGUGUGUAAAAAAUGCUACCCGACUAUGAAAGCACUGGAUUAAAACCCGUUAUGGACGUAACAUUCCCUGCAUUUACAUUGCUCAAACUCAACGAUGAAGAAUGAUUAUAUCGAAGUAUAAUACUAAAGCUAUCUGUUAUCACACGAACGCCAAAUAUACUCGUCCGUGCGUGGGGUACAACUUGGAUAUUUUUAGGACGAAACAUGCGACCAGACACUGGUAUUGUACUUUAUAGUAAAUUAUUUCAUAUUUCAUGUAUUAGAGUAAUUUACAGCAGGUACAUUAAAAAUCGUUUAAAGACCUUUCAUUGGCAUUGCCAAAGCAUACGAUCAUACGUUUUCGUUGCUUGAUUUCCUGACUUGUCCGUUCUAUAAGAAUAUACAGUUUAGCAGGUUUGUAUAAUUUAAAAGCAAACAAAACCAAUUUUUAGCAAGUAUUUUGAAGUAUAUAUGAUAUAUAUGAUUCUGAAGAUAAUUGUUCAGGCGGCCACUCCUCGCAAUCGAAGUGUGAAGUGCGCAAGUGGAAACAUGUAAUAUGAGACUUUCCCAUCCCCCUAAUAGGCUAUCAAUUUUCUAUGGGUCACGUGACCAACCCCAGCCAGGGUAUUUUCUCCAGCUAGGAGCGUAGAGGAAAGAGCCUGGGUACGAGGUUGAUUAAGCGGUAGAGACUUUGCUCUUUCCUGACUAUCUAGAGCUGUUGAUAGGUAAAUGACGUAGUUCCUUAUUUGGGAGAGUCUCCCACGGAGUGUUGUAUGAUAUAUAAGAUUGUGUUUUAAGUUAAUAAAAGGUUCUCCAUUCUGGCCUUGAUUGCGAGCGCUUGUUGUGUACCAACGCGAUCGAAGACGCGCAAUAGCCGCAAUCAAGGCCAUGGUAUUAAGACAAGAGUAAGACAAAUCGAGCGGGCAAUCCGGCGGAGAAUGCAGUCAAACGUUUGGCGUCGCAAGUUGUCGCAAGUUGGACUGUGUUCAGUGGAAUAGGUGGACUGAGAGGAGAUCCAGAUCGUCGAUGUUGGUCGAGCGGCGAUCUUACCAAGACCAAACAAGGACUGUCCAGAAAACUGAGUGGAAAGUACUAA